UGCAGCAGGCUGGAUGUGACGAUGGGGCACUCUUUGCUCUGCAUGAUGGGCUUUUUCUUGCUUGGUACAGCCGUCUAUGGAAAUGCUGAAGUCCCUAUUAAGCCCACUGUGAUCCUGCAACCACCCUGGACUCAGAUAUACAGAGGCGAAAGGAGCACUGUGAGAUGUGAGAUCCAUGAUGAAGACAUUGAGUGGGAUUAUGAGUGGGAAACAAACAGUCACAGAAAGCCUCCAAAUCAAAAUGAAUACAGGAUUAUAUCUGCAUCAUCAUCCUACAGCGGAAACUAUAGCUGUAGAGGCAGAAUGAAAAGUUCACAACAUAACAAAACAACUGAGUGGAGUGAUUCAGUUAGACUGGCAGUUUCUGACAAUAAACCCCGUCCUGUCCUCACUGUGUCUCCAUCAUGGCUGAGUCCUGGAGCCUCAGUAACUCUGAACUGUGAGGUUGAACAUCCAUCCGCAGGAUGGAGCUUCUACUGGUAUAAAGCUGUUCCUGAACUGAAAACAUACAACUAUAGAUCUUACAACUUUGAUCUGCUAUCAGACAACCCUUACAGUAAUAGGCUACCUGAUGGCAAUACAACUGCACAGGACUCCUACAUCAUUCAUGAACAGACAAGCACAGCAGGAUAUGUGUGCAGAGCUGGAAGAGGAGACCCAGAGUAUCACACUGAUUACAGUGAACCAAAUUUUGUCUGGUCUGAAGAUGCCGGUUAA